AUGGCGGACACUAAAGUCGCUCAAACGAGGAGCGUGACUAUCUUGCUGAUGGUCUUCAUUACGCUGACUGUCGCGACGAGGACCUUUGUACGAGGUGUCUUGUUGCGAAGUCUAGGAUGGGACGACACACUGGUGCUCACCAGCUGGGUCUUGGCCAUGGCACUCUGCAGCGCAAUUAUUGCCAUGACCAGCGUCGGCUUGGGCUCCCACUUUGAAGACGUAUCAGACACAGACUUUGCCGAGUUCCUCAAGUUACAAGUUGCCACACAGCUUUCCUAUAUCUGGGCCUUUGUGACCGUCAAGAUGUCUUUUGCGGUGCUUUACUUGCGACUGCUUCCAGACGAGGUCUAUCGACGCAUCAACCAGUUCCUCGUUCUUCUGUUACUCGCCGAGGGCAUCGAGGAGACAGCAGUAGUGAUCUUCAGAUGCGCUCCUGUUCAGCGAGCUUGGACACCAACUGUCCCCGGAACGUGCCUGGACUUGACUAUAUUCUACUAUUCUGCUUUCGUCAUUAAGCUGUUGACCGACCUUGUUCUCUUCAUUCAACCAAUCCCGAUCGUCUGGAAGUUGCACGUACGGGUUGCAAAACGGAUUGGUGUCAUCUUCAUGCUCUCUCUGGGCUUACUUGCGUGCGUUAUCUCUAUCAUCAGAGUGACCUAUAUCAACGCCUUCGACCAAGACGUUACUUUCUUGGUUGCCGAUCCCCUUCUCUGGUCCGAACUCGAGGUCUGCGCCUUGAUCAUCUGCUCUGGCGUGCCGUCGCUGAGGCCGCUGAUAUCGAGGUUCCCUGGCCUUAACAAGGCUCUCGGCCUGUCCACAGACAAGUACUCGAAAGUGUACUACCCAGGCCAGCGAACGACGAUAGGCGGAUCCAAGCCGCCCAUAGGGCCCAACGCGUUUGCUCGUGCGACGCAGGCUAAUGCUAGUGCAAAGCUAUCGACGAGCUCAAGCUCUGACGGUCCUCCGACGAUACUCGGCAAAACCGAGAGCAUGGAGAACAUCCUGACGUUGGAUCUUGACAAGCCAUCGUUGACGCACAGCGUGGAAAUGGGCAUCAUCAAGCUGAGAAACAACGCCCGGUCUCCACAACCGCCACGGAUUCCACCGUCAGAGUUCGUGAUGGAUGACCCUUACUUUCCCGCAGGACGGCCGAUGGCUAGACGAAAUAGCCGGGGGGCUUGA